GAAGAAAGCUGAGGAAAAUGCCUACAAUGAUGGAAUUACUCUAGGGGUGGUUAGCAUCAUAAGAGAUUCGAAUGUUCUCGCAAUGUAUGAGAAGAAGGAGCACUUGGAAACUAUGGAAGGUGAUGAGAGUACACCAGAAAAGAUUGGUUCAAAUGAAAAUUUGGGAGAAACCUCCAACGGAGAAAAAUCAACUGUUACCAAGGGCGAGGGGAAACGAAUUUCGGCAGAAAAGGAGGUUUCUGCCCCAAUUGAGCUUCCAGACACACCCACAGAAUGUACCCAGAGGGAGGUUAAUGUUGGUUUGAAUGAUGAGGUCAAAAGAAACUUGAAUGAUGAAUUUUCCAGCAGUGGGAAUGGCAAGAAGCUGAAGAUCAAAAUCAAGCAGGAACCGCUCUAAUGCGGGUUCAGAC